AUGGACAUCUCAGGUUCUUUGCCUACCCCCUUUACUUACACUUUCUCUGUUAUCCCCAAUUCCUCAGUGCCUUCCUCCUCUCCCUCCAUCUCUCCUUCCCCCAGCCGGGUGUCCACAGCUCUGUUUUGUGCACUCCUCUCCCUCCUCUCCUUGCUUGGCAUCACAGGAAACCUGUACACUAUAGGCCUCCUUCUGAGGCGCAGGAGAAGUAGGAGACGACGUGAAGCUGGGCUAAGCUGCUGCCUCAUGAAAGUACCUGUGUUGAGCCUUGCUCUUGCUGAUCUGCUCUACCUUUUCACCGCUCCCUUCAUUGUGUAUGACAGCCUAGCAUCUGGCUGGGCCUUCGGUGAGCUGGGCUGCCGUCUCCUCCUGAGCUUGGACCUCCUCACCAUGCAUGCCUCCAUCUUCACUCUCACCGCCAUGAGUCUGGAUCGCUACCGGGCUGUGGCUCAUCCCUUGCACACCACCUCCUCUAACUCCUCCAGCUUGCUGCGUGUAGGCCUUGCUUGGGGGCUGGCUGUGGCUCUUAGUCUGCCAAUGAUGAUCACCCUGCACCUGGAGGAUGGGGAGAACCAAGAGGGACAGCUGUGUGUGCCAGCAUGGGAUGAGCAGAGCUCCAAGGCCUACCUGAGCGUACUGUUCUGUACCAGCAUCCUUGGUCCUGGAUUGGCCAUUGGAGCACUUUAUGCUACUCUGGGCCGGCUCUAUUGGGUGUCUCAGACCCAGCCGGCCUGGGCUAGUGGGAGCAGCACUGCUUGCCCUCCCCGUGCUCCCAAACCCAAAGUCCUGCUCCUUAUCCUGGGUAUUGUCCUGGCCUUUUGGGCCUGCUUUCUGCCUUUCUGGAUCUGGCAGCUGCUGCCUCUGUACCAACCUGACAUUCUGCGGACAUUACCAGUGGGGACACAGGUGACAGUGAAUCGUAUCCUCACAGGGCUGACCUAUGGAAACUCUUGUGUGAAUCCAUUCUUCUACACACUACUGACUGGAAAACAAAGACGCAACCGGCAGACACUGCCAUCAGUAAAUCACCUCUGCAGCAAGAAUAGUCCACUGAAGUAA